AUGUUAGCCUCAUUUUAAUAAUUGAUUAUUGGUUAUUAAGGCGAUUUGUUUAGAGAUUCAUUUUUAGAGAAUGAAAUCAACAACAGAGCUAUUCAGAUUUCUGACUUUGAUAUUAUGUUUCAGUUUAAGUAAACCAAGGAAGAGUUCGACAACAGAAUGAUUCCUAAAAGAGAAUUGGCUUGUACACUUAAAGGAAUAGAAGAAGCUAUGUGUGUUCCUCGAUCUAUGAUUAAAUCUCAAACUCCUUUUUGCAAUGAAUAUAUUUACGACUAUUACUUAUGGUCAAACUGGACUUUAGAGGAGAAAGACUUCUAGGUAUAGGAGCAAGUUAUAUUAAAUACGGAAAACAGAUUGCUUUUGGAACUGUAAUACCCUAUGGAAAGUUCGCAAGUGGGAAAUCUAGAAAUGACUACCUCGAUUGAUUGUCUAGAGUCUUAUAAAUAAUUUUCAUGCAGGUACAAUUUUCCACUUUGUGAUGAAGAGUCUGGAGAGACAUACAAGAUAUGCCAGACUGAGUGUAAUAACUUUUAUGUAAAUUGUGGACUUGAUCCAGCAGGAUGCAACCUUAAAAAUUGGGAUUUUAUGGACUCUGAUACUUAAUCUUGCAAAUAUGCUUGA